AUGACGGUCCAACAAUGGUUCAGAAGCUUUCAGGGAGAAGGGGGGAUUUCCCUGGGAUGUGGGUCAAUGCGCAACAUGGAGUUGUUGGAUAAGAGAGACGGUGGUGGGAUUCAUGUGGUGACGGCGGUGAUUGGGAUGGUGACGAAUUUUGAGGAUGUGUACAGGGUGUGGGGAUUUGUGUCGAGGUUUUUAGAUGCUGAUUUUUUAGAGAAGGAGAGGUGGCGCUACACCUCUCUUAAUCAAAACACGGUAGAAGUUUGA